UCUACUACAUCCCUCUCCCUUAUUCUCUGAUGCUAAACUGAUUACAGGGGAUUCGCCUAUUUAAAGACUUGGACAAAGCUGGGAGUGUGUGUUUAUUUUUGGGUUGGCUUAGGGCAACAAACGCUGCACACUGAGCUCACCUAACCAACCCGAGGGAUCUAAUUACAACUUAUUGCCCUGCCCUGUCUGGUCCAGUACAGGCCAUUCUUUGGACUCAAGCUCCGUCUCUCCAGCACCCAGAGAGAGCGCUUCAGCUCAUCCAGUGUGAGAGUCACCGAUCUAGCACAGACCUGUGCGGCUAUCCGAUUUGGAUUAACCUGUCGAGGUCUAGUUUUCCCACCCAGAGGUCAGGAGCCCCGUCGGGAGCUCCACACACCGGCCCUCAAGCUGUCUCUGCGGCUGCUGCCCGCCAUCAUCAUGGACAAUGAUGAGGAUGAUGAUGGAAACUUCACGAAGUGGAUGAGCAGUUAUUGGGGUCAUGGGGCCGGAGAGGAGCCGGCCAAAGAGAGGAAGAGGAGCUUCCGCAGGCCCUCACGCUCCACUGCUGACCGCCGCUCUUCUUUGCCCUGCAUGUCACAACUGGAGGCCAUGAAGCUGAAGCAGUUCCAUGCUGCCACCAUGCCUCCUGCCCCCGUUCACAUAAAGACCCGUGAGGAGAAAGAGGUGCGUCCUCACCCUCACGCUCGCCGCGUCUCCUCAGAUGAAAGCAGCUGGACGAAAGGUGGUCCAGAGAGCCGCAUCUGCACCAUCCCCGAGCUUGCCGAGUCUUUUGAGAGGAGGCUGCGCUUCCGCAACCAGAAGAUCAUGUCUCUGAGUGACGCAGAUAGUGUGUGUUUGAUCUGCCACGAACUGUGCACUGGAGGAGGAGGAGGAGGAGGAGCCCAUGAACUUCACUGUUCCCACCGCUUCCACAAAGAGGCGAGGAGGUCAGAGCCAGGCGGCCGUCCACGCAGCGGGAGCUCCACUGGUGUGUGCGAGCGCAGGAAGGAGGUGCCAUUCUGCGCUGGACAGGAAGAGUACCGCAUGCCCCGUCGCCAACUGUCCCUACGUAGACAACGCUGAUGCACCUCCAUCUGAAGACUGUGAAUUCUCAGAACAUUGUGAUGAAGACUGGCUGUGGAUAAAGCAGUCAUGUCCCACCUGUUGUGUCCAUGUGGUCAUGCCUGAACCUGUCUACUAGUCCUCUGCCCGUGUCCAGUUUCCCUGAUGACCCCUGCAACAUACACCUGCAUGACCUUUCCUGUUUUUGAGUGGGAAAAGGAACCAUCCACUAGGCUUUUGCUUGGCGGGACCAUGGUCAGUCUUCCCCACCUGAACUGGGUCAAAGGGAGAAUGAUCAUUAAUGUCCACUUAAAUGUUCAUUUUACCAUCUCACCAUCUCACCUGUUGCGUGCACACACAAGCUUUGUGGGUGCAAAGUGGAUGGACAAGUAUCCUGGAUAUGUUCAUAAAGAACAUUCAUGUUUACAGUCAAAUCUGAAUGUGCAGAAGCUGAUUUUGACAUGUACAUUGAGAUUUGGAUUAUUGUGCACUU